GUUGUAUGCUGUAAGAUUCUAUGUAAACUGUUAGCCUAGCCUGGUUUUCCUCGAAUAUGGAUACAACGACUAUUGUACCAUUCGGACAAACAUCCAAAGCGGGUGAGGACGGUGGAAAACAACUUGGGGUCAUCUUAUUAAUACUUUUUUUCACUGCCUUCCUCAUUGCUUAUUUAUUUUCCCGUAUCAUAAUAUAUUGGGAAAAGAGAGGAAGAAGGGUAGUCUAUACAGUUGAUCUCUCGUCUGAUAGGAAUCCUGAAGAAGAAGCAUUUGUUCGAACGGCAGACAUGCAGGGGAAUGUAGCAAAUCCCCUUGUCUCACUGAUACCCUCUUAUGAAAGAACAAUCCAACAAAGAAACACACAAAAAAAUAUCACAAAACCGAAGUAGCGGUAGAGUUUUUGGAAGAAUUACCCAACAAAGAAGCACACAAGGUAUGUCACAAAACCGAAGUAGCGCUAGAGUUCAAGAGGCUCAAAAAGAGAUGAUUCCACUUUCUUCACUAAUUCCGGAGCCCUCCGUGGAUUCAUUUCCAAGCAGUUCGCAAUCAACUGAAAAGGAAGAUAAAAAAGUUGAUGAGGUAUUGAAUGAAUCUACUGACGUCUGUCUGCCUCCAGCUACUCUGUUCAGUGCGACCGUUGCUGACGCUGACAGAAAAUCGAAGAAAACUAAAAAAAGAUUAGUCCAUCGAUCGGAAACAUCAAAAGACAAGCCAAAACCAACUGGAGGAGAUCAUGAAAUUUCGAAGGAGUUCUCGGCUAAUAUAUCUCCGCCAUCUAUAUUGUUCAAUGAUUCUGCUGCUCCUACUGCAGACGCUAGUGCUGUUGCUGAUAAUGGUGGUGGUGGAAAUUUGGAAGAUUCAAAGAAAAUAUCGAAACAUUACUCGGAACCAACCCACUCGUGGUCAUUAGAACUUCACAUAAUAUGA